CGUCAAUACUCUAAAAAUAUAACCCUGAGAAAUUCAGCAAUACCAAUCAAAAUCACGUCAUUUGAAAUUCGCCAACCUUUGCUAUUAUACUUAACGUAUGCUUUUAAUAUGAUACAUAAAAUAGAUUGGAAUGACUUGAAUUUUGAAAACGAGAUUCUCGGAUGGGGUAGCUAUGGUGAUGUAUACGAAGCAAUUUGGAAGUCAAAAGAUGGCCCACAGAAAAUCGUGAUUAAAAAAUUUAGACCCUUUAUAGAAGACUCCGCAAUUGAAAAAGAAUUUGGUCUGUUAUCGUUAACAAACCAUGAUAAUAUUGUGAAAUUGUUAGGUAUCGCAAAAGAUGGAGACAGUAGAACGGUCAUGGUCAUGGAAUAUGCAGAGUGCGGUUCUCUCCAUAAGGUUUUGUAUCAAUACGAAGUAUGCUAUAUGAGACGUAUUCGCUGGAUGCUUCAAUGUGCCAAGGGUAUUGAAUACCUUCAUGAAUUUAGUCCGCAAAUUCUUCAUCGUGAUCUAAAACCACAAAAUCUACUAAUUUUCAAUGAUUAUUCGACUUUGAAAAUUUGCGAUUUUGGCUCAGCUAAAGAGUUGGAUACCAAGAUGUCAAAUGGAGUUGGCACUGCUCGAUAUAUGGCACCAGAGGUCAGUAUACAAAACUCCUACACUGAGAAAUGCGAUGUUUAUAGUUUCGGCAUCACAUUUUGGGAAGUAAUGUCAAAAAAGAAGCCCUUUUACCACUUGAGAAAUACUGUGGACUUUCAUAUUCAAAAGAAGGCCAUAGAAGGCGAUCGUCCACUCAUAAGUGACAUUCAAAAUAUUCAAUCUGAUCAGAUAAUAAAACUUAUAGAACAGUGUUGGAAUGGAGAUUCUAAGCUAAGACCAGCAAUGCAAGAAGUUAUAAGAGAUAUUCAAUUUUGUUAUUCCAAGGACGAAGAUAAACACUUUAAUGAUUCGAGAUCCCUUCUUGAAAAGUAUGAACAAGAAUAUUACAUCUGUUCAAUCGAACCUGCUAGUGAUUCUAUCUUUCCUGAGAUACGAUUACCUCAUGAGAUCCAAUUUUUACGUAAACCUCAAGCAACUGUCAAAGUUAAGUGGGUCGAUAUUUCAAUUAAUGAGGUAAUUAUACACUGA